AUGGGCCUUUGCGCGAGUAAAGAAGACCGCUCCCAGGGCAAGGGGGCGCACACUUCGGUACAGAGGUCGAAGCCAAAGCAGAGUGCUCGGGGGUCGGCUCAGGGUGACAGUAAGCCACAAACCUCACGUUUACACAAAAAGUCGGGUUCAGGGAAGGCCCUAUCGGACUCGGGUGAGACAGACAAAGAUGUUUCCGCAAAACGGGCUGCUGGGCAAGCCGCCGCUGAACGGUUCGAGAAAUCGCAGAAGCAGUUAGACAAAGGUGAACUGGGGAAGAAGCUGGCUGAAGAGCGCGCCAAAACUCUUCAAACGCACCUCAGAGAAACCGCAGAAAUCCGCCAGUUAGAGAAAGACCAGCGCCUGGUGUAUGAUUGA